CAAUAUGGCGCUUGAGGAAACGGAAGUACAGUUCGUAACGUUUCUCUUGUGUUUAUUACUCGGAAGUUGCAUUACAGUGUUUUAGUUCAAUCAAUUGCUAAUGAAUAGUUUCUAGAAUGGCGGAGAUACCUUCUGUGCAUGGGACACAGAGCGAGGAGGAAAAGGAAACACCGGAGCCUUCUGCAGAGCAGCGAGAGAAGAGGCAGAGGGAUGAGGGGGAGGAUGAGGUGAAGGAAGCUGAAAGUCCAGGCCCAUUGGGGGUCUCUGAAAGAGAGGACACAUCUGAUCUCUCUCAGAAUAAAAAAAUAAAAGUAGAAAUAAAGGAGCGUAGAGAAAAGAAACAGAAAGUUGAUGAGGAUGAAAUCCAGAAGAUGCAGAUAUUGGUGUCCUCCUUUUCAGAAGAACAGCUGAACCGCUAUGAGAUGUAUCGUCGAUCUGCAUUCCCUAAAGCAGCAAUAAAACGGCUGAUUCAGUCUAUUACAGGAUGCUCGGUGUCCCAGAAUGUUGUUAUUGCAAUGUCGGGAAUUGCCAAGGUCUUUGUAGGUGAAGUUGUCGAGGAAGCAUUGGAUGUUUGUGAAAAGUGGGGAGAGAAUCCACCUCUCCAGCCUCGACAUAUGCGAGAAGCCCUCCGUAGGUUGAAAUCUCGUGGACAGAUUCCAGACUCCAAACACAAAAAGAUUUUGUUCAGUUAACAAUACUUGUAUAUUUGCGAAGAAACCUUUUUAUUUACUAAACACCAAAAUCUUUCUUGGAGAACAUUAACCCCAGUAUAGGGAUCCAUUAUACAAUUGUGUGUGAGAAAGAGAAAGUGAGUUGGUGGAUAAAGCUUGUGAGUAGGGCUACUCCUUAUUUGAAGAAGAAAAAGAAAGAGAAAAAAAAAAAAAGGCACUAAGAGAUUUAAAUUAAACACCAAACGGUAGUGAACUGGAACAAAAAAAUGGUUAAAAUAGUCAUGAGUAUAGCUGAGUUGAAGAUUCUUUUUUUUUUUUUUUUUUCCAUCUCGCUUUUUUUUUUUAACCUAAACAUCAAUUCAGUUUCCAAAGUGUGUCUCAACUUAAUUUAGCUAAAACUGACUUUCCCAUAAAUAAAAGAUGUACUCGUAUGAAGGUUAAUGUUCUUAAGGCAAUGUCUGAGAAGUCAUUAGUUUCAUAAUUUUUUUGUUUUUUUCAGGUUUGUUGUUUGUACAAUUAGAUGUUAUGGUAUAUUUAUUGCUUACAAACUACUGCUCUGUAAUUCUGUUUUUGUAGAUAUAUAUAUAUAUAUAUACGCUAAAGUGUAAAGUGACUAGCUUCUUUAUUUAGUUAGUAUUAUGCCAUCUGAUGAAUUUUACCAUUUUCGACAAAAUAAAGCCACGUUUGGGAAAUAUCAUGGUCUGGAAUGGUUAGAUUUUUUCUUUUUACUAUUUUGACCUAAAAUGUUAGAUUCACUUUGAAUUCCCGACAGUGCACACGUUAGUGAUUAUGUGGUGUGCAUAUAUAAUUUUGUUAAUGUUCUGCGUGUUUGAAAGUUGAGGAGUGCUCAAACUAUAUCGCUCCUGCAUAAGGAACUUUUUAAUGGUUAAGAUUCCUUGUAUGACAUUCUUACAUCUGUCAUGGGUUUUACCAUAAUAAAAUUCUUUAUCAAAUUAA